UCAAAGGAAGGAAGCACCUCUAUUUCCCAUUUCCAGCUCUGUUUUUUCUGCUGUUGUGCAGUAGCAACCUGUCUGACCCAAACACUGCGUUUUGAUUGUGAUGUUCAAACAAGGCGGGGCUGAACCUCCCGUCUCGUUUUAAACGAACUGCAGGUCGGAUAGCGCAGUACUGCUGCUGUUGUUGUUUUACAACAUCACGGGCUCAGGCAUGAAUUCGGCCGAACAGACCAUAACGUGGCUCAUAUCGCUGGGGGUCCUGGAGUCUCCCAAGAAGAGCAUCUCGGAUCCAGAGGCUUUUCUGCAGGCGUCACUGCAGGAUGGAACCGUGCUGUGCCGCCUGAUGGAGCGACUCAGACCCGGGACGGUGGACAAAUUUUUCCAGGAACCGAGGAGCGACAGCGAGUGUCAGCGGAACAUCAGCGAGUUCCUUCAAGGCUGCGGGGCUUUCGGUGUGGAGCCCUUUGAGGUCAGUGACCUCCUGCAGGGACUGAACUUCUCCAAGGUCCUGAGUUGCCUGGUUCUACUUAACAAAGCUACUGAAGUUGCAGGGGUUUCAGGAGACAGCGUUUGCGUGCCGCAUUCCUCCACACUGAGGAUCAAGUCCUUUGACUCCCUCAACACUCAGAGCCGCUCCUCUAAACUGCUGCAGCCCCAGUACCGCAGCCUGGACAUGUCAGAGGGCAGUGGGUGUGGCCAGCUGCUGGUCAAGGCGCGCUUUCCCUUCCAGCAGACCAAUGAGGAUGAACUGUCCUUCUCCAAGGGUGACAUCAUCUGUGUGAUCAGACAGGAGGAGGGGGGCUGGUGGGAAGGCUCGUUCAACGGCAAGACGGGGUGGUUCCCGAGCAACUACGUGCGCGAGCUGAAAGGAAGCGAUAAGACAUUGGACAAGUCCAAGUCAGGGACUCUGAAAAGUCCGCCCAAAGGUUUUGACACCACCAUCAUCAGUAAGACCUACUACAACGUGGUUCUACAGAACAUCCUGGAAGCAGAAAGUGAAUAUUCCAGGGAGCUGCAGAGUCUCCUGGGCACAUACCUGCGCUCCCUCCACCCCACAGACAGACUCAGCAGCGUUGACAUCGGCCACAUUCAGGGAAAUCUGGAGGAGAUCUCAACCUUCCAGCAGAUGUUGGUUCAGUCCUUGGAGGAGCAAACAAAGCUGCCUGAGAGCCAGCAGAGGAUCGGCGGGUUCUUCCUGAGCCUCAUACCCCAAAUGAAAAUCAUCUACGUGGCCUACUGCUCCAACCACCCGUCCGCUGUCAAUGUCCUCACACAGCACAGCGAGGAGCUGGGAGAGUACAUGGAGUCAAAGGGGGCGUCCACUCCUGGGGUCCUGACUCUGACCACGAGUCUGAGUAAACCCUUCACCCGACUGGAGAGGUACCCAACGCUGCUGAAGGAGCUCGAGAGACACAUGGAGGACCAGCAUCUUGACAGAGCUGACCUUCACGCUUCCAUGACGGCCUUCAAAAAUCUCGGAGAUCAGUGCCAGGAGAUGAGGAAGAGGAAGGACCUGGAGCUGCAGAUUUUAACAGAGCCAAUCAGAAACUGGGAGGGUGAUGACAUCAGAACCCUUGGCCCGGUUCUGCACAUGUCCCAGGCCACAGUCCACACGCAGAACUGUCAGGAGUCCAGCGAGCGCUACCUCGUCCUCUUCCCUCACACGGUGCUCAUGCUCUCCGCCAGCCUGAGAAUGAGUGGAUUCAUCUAUCAGGGGAGGAUGCCUCUAUCAGGAAUGCUCAUAUCCAGAAUAGAAGAUGGGGAAAAUCUGAGGAACGCCUUUGAAAUAUCUGGUGGCCAGUGUGACCGCAUACAGGUGGCGUGCAACAGUCAGCGGGACCUUCAGGACUGGCUGGACCUUCUCACCAAACACACACACACUCCCUCCUCGCACUCACACAAGCACCAGUCCGUCUGUCACACGCUGCCCUCACACCCCGUCACUCCUUCCAGACACUCCGAGUCACGUGGAGGGAGCAGCGGGCACACAUACCACACCCUUCCCCAUCUGUCCUCACAUGGGUCAUCACACAAUAGCACCCCUGUGUGGGGACCUCUGGAGCCACCGAGCACCCCUAAACCCUGGAGCCUGAGCUGCCUUCGCCCUGCACCUCCACUCCGACCCUCUGCUGCUCUCUGCUUCAAGGAGGAUAUGAGCAAGAGUCCUAAGAACAUGAAGAAGCUGCUUCCUAAAAGAAAGCCAGAGAGGAAGCCUUCAGAAGAGGAUUUUACCGUCAGGAAGAGUACAGCAGCUUUGGAAGAGGACGCUCAGAUCCUGAAGGUGAUCGAGGCCUACUGCACCAGCGCUAAGACGCGUCAGACCCUCAACUCCACAUGGCAAGGGACUGACCUCAUGCACAACCAUGUGCUCGCUGACACCAGCCUCACUGUUGCUGGUCUCCCUGGCAACCCGCCUUGCUCUGACCAGUCAGAGGAUUCGGAUUAUGACAGUAUCUGGACUGCCCACAGUCACAGGACUGCAUCCUUUUCUCGUUCCAGCAGAAAGGAUGUUCACAUGUUGUUCCCAGAGGAGGAGAAGAUUAUAGUGGAGGAAACCAGAAGCAAUGGGCAAACUGUGGUGGAGGAGAGGAGUCUUGUGGACACCGUGUACAGUCUGAAGGACGAGGUCCAGGAACUCAAACAGGACAACAAGAGGAUGAAGAGGACGCUGGAGGAGGAGCAGCGAGCGAGGAAAGAGCUGGAGCGGAUCGUCAGGAGAGUUCUGAAGAACAUGAACGACCCAACUUGGGACGAGACCAACCUCUGAGACCAGCGCGCACCUGAUUAUUACACACGAGACCAAUGGCUAAAUUGUACAUGACCAAGUAACCUAUGAACUGUUGUUCAACCCGUGUGAACAGAAGCUGCCAACACUUUCCACCUGUUUCAAUCAUCAUGGUUACACGUGCUAAAAACUCUGGACCAAAAGUGAAACCCUGCCAGGAGAUCCCGACCAACCUUAAAGCUGUGCAGCCACGUUACUGCAGCUUCCACUGAGGACACGGCGUUGGUCAAGAUCCUUUGUUUUUCCAACAGCCGUCUGUGGAGCAAUGAGUGAUUACUUUGCAUUGUUAUUCAGUGUAUUCAUGUAUUUAUUGGACCUUUUUUGUAACAUUCACUGCUGCCAGGACAGUAUUUAAUUACCUGACUGGCAGUGAGAACAGUAACUCUAUAUCGGUUUAUAUACUGUACGUUAGUGAUGUCAGAGCAGUAAGCAAAACACACAUCUUUAUUUUACUCAGUUUUUUACAAACAACAUUCUAUUUAAAAUGAAAUAAUAGUAAUAUUAUAAAAUGAAACGUGUGCUAUUCUGUCAUCAACAUGAAUCUGACAAACCACACAUAUGUUUGGUUUGUCUGUUAUAUGAACUACAUUUCAAAUUUUAAACCCAAACCUACCAGCACUUCUGUAAAUGUGACCGUGUGUGUUUUAAAGGAUUCGAUGAACCUCUAGGUAACUAUAUUUACUGAGCUACUGUACCUCACUGAACUAUGUUGAUUUAUUUAUUGGCUCCACGUUGACAAUCAAGCCACUCAAAUGAUUGUUUGAAAGCUGUAAAAUGAAUAUGAAUGAUGAUUAACUUACACUGGUGAUGUUUUUUUAUCCUGUCAGACCAGUAAGAAAUGCGUAGUUCCUGGAAAACCAUCUCGCUUUCAUCAGAGGGAAGCGUAAGGGACCACUUCUCAGGAACGAACCAUCAGGAAGUUUCAGCUUCAGAUCCGCGCGUUUCAAUUUUCACAUUCACUGUAACGGUGACUAAGGAAUUUCACGGCCAUAGACCAAAUAUUUGAGCCAAAGGAGCCUUAACCUGAGCUGAGCUAACACUGCAGAGCAGCUUCACUCAACUUAACGCAAAAGGACCCAACCAACAAAUGCAAUGAGUUGAUGCUAACACACUGAAUUCUCUAGUGCGCUCUGCCACAGUGGAGAUCGUCAUGGUCGUUACGGCCUGUAACUAAGCUCUGUGUUCUUUCUUUUUCAUGUCCAAGCAAUACAACACUGGGGAAUCCUUUCUGUUUUUUAUGUUUUUUACAGUGUCAAUAUGCAACUUAUUGUGAAAUGAUUCUUAUUUUUCUAUCUGAUUGUGUUCUGAUUUGUAAAACUUAUUUUCUACGUGACCUGACUGAUCACUCUGACGAUGAUCUGUACAUAGAGGCAGCCUAUUUCUGAGCAGUGGUAGGAGGAGCCACAAUGAGUGGAGCUACAGUAUGUAAUACAGUACCAGUCAAAUCUAACUUAUGUAUUUAACGGAAGGUGGGUCGAUGUGUUGUGUUCAAUCCUGACAGUGAUAAACUUGAAUAGACUAGCUACCAGAGUAAUUCCCUCUAUUUAUUUCACCCGCGUGUCCGUCAAUAAAACCUUGAAUCAAA